GACAAGAAGAUCCUGGAACUCAUGUCCAACAUCAUCCAGCUGCUGACUGGAGAGGUUGCCAUAAGGACUCAUCAUGUUUCCAUCUAUUUUUCCUUGGACGAGUGGGACUAUAUAAAAGGAAACAAGGACCUUUAUGAGGAAGGGAUAAAGGAGGACCCACAGAAGCCCCUCCCACCGGACAGUGAAUAUGAAGAUAAGAGAGAUAUCACAGCUGAUCUGGGAGGAACAUUAUGUUAUAAUAAUGAGACAAGCAAGAUUGGGGCUGAAGGAGCAGAUUUUUGUGUUGAAGGAAACAUCUCAAACCCUAAAAUUUCCCCAGUGGAACAGCUCCCACCAGCCAAUGGGAUUAAAGAGGAAACGGCUUCACGUGAAGAGGGAAACCAAUCAGAUUGCAGCAUUAAUCCACUUCCAGAACAGUUACAGGGAACAGAUACACCUACUCCUAUCAUAGGAUUCAGCCUGAAUAACAGCCUGGCAGCUAAUUAUAUGUCAGUUGUUAUUAAAGAGGAAACGGCUUCAUGGGAAGAAGAAAAGCACCUUGCAGAACAAACUCAAUCGACUCUCAAGGGUUGUAGACUGAAUAACAACUUGUUCUCUAAGGAUACAUCAGAUGGAAUUAACGGGGAGUUGGUUUUAUGGCAAAGGAACCAUAAUUACUGUAAGAUAAAUACAAUUUCAGGACAGAUACAGAGAACAGAUAAAAUAGCUGAUAUUAUGGACUGCAGCCUGACUAACAACUCACAAGAUGAUUAUGUACCAUUUGUUAUUGAGGAGGAAUCAUGUGAAGAGGGAAACCAAUCAGAUUGCAGGAUUAAUCCACUUACAGAACAGAUACAGGAAACAGAUACACCUACUCCUAUCAUGGGAUGCAGCCUCUCAAUAAUAAAGGAUAAUAAAGAUGAUAAAAAUGCAGAGACGUCCCCACAUGAACAUCACUUAACAAAAGAGAUUAUUCAUAAGAAAUAUUGUUGCAGCCAGUGCCACAGACAAUUUCUUCAAAAAAGAGACGUUGUUAGACAUGAAAGAACCCAUACAAGUCAGAUACACGUUUCUCCUCACAGAAAUCUUUAUACUCAUCUUAAUGUUCAUACAGCUAAGCAACCCUUGUCUUGUUCUGAAUGUGAGAAAUGUUUUACCAGAUCAGCAGAACUUACUGACCAUCAACGAACCCACACAGGAGAGAAACCAUUUUGUUGUUCUGAAUGUGGGAAAUGUUUUACCAGAUUAUCACAACUUACUGUCCAUCGACAAACCCACACAGGAGAAAAACCUUUUUGUUGUUCUGAAUGCGGGAAAUGUUUUUCGAAAAAAACGAACCUUAAAAAUCAUCAGAGAACUCACACAGGAGAGAAACCAUUUUCUUGUUCUGAAUGUGGGAAAUGUUUUACCAACUCAUCAAACCUUUCUAUCCAUCACAGAAUUCAUACUGGGGAGAAACCAUUCUCUUGUUCUGAAUGUGGGAAAUGUUAUGCCAGAUCAUCAGACCUUACUGUCCAUCGACGGUCCCACCAAGGAGUGAAACCUUAUUCUUGUUCUCAAUGUGGGAAAUUUUUUUCACGUACCAGUAAUCUUAAGGUACAUUUUCAACUGCACAAAGGAGGAAAACUAUAAGUUUGUUCUCAAUAUGCGAAAUGUUUUUUUCAAAUUAGGCAUUUGUUUGGCAUUGAUUAUAUGUUAAUAAGCAUUUCAAUAUGAGAAGAGGAGAAUAGUGAAUUGUUGGAAGUCUAUAAUAUCGGCACAUGAGCCAAUGGCAGAUCCUACAAAAUACAGUGUUUUUUUCCAUUGCAGUGGACAGAAAGAUUUAAUACCUUAGGGGUGAGGUUUCUAAUGAAUAUGGUAACUACAAUGAGCUGAAUCUGGAUCCAUUGGCUUUAUUAGUACAGGGGAGUUGAGGCUACAUCUAUUUGGGGAUGGGUUCACUUGUUUAAGAUGAGCUAUCAGCCAUAUUUUUAGCAUGUCCCUGUCAGUUGGUUUAACAAAUUACAAAGAUAAAUGACUUCAUUUGUCUGGGCAGCCCUUCAGUCAAGAUGCUCAUAUAAAAGGUUUAACUUUUAACCUAUAGAAGAAGGAGACCUAGAUAUGUGCAGUUAUUGUAUUUCCUCCUAAUUCUUGUAUUAUUCAUUAUUCAACAGAGGGACCCACAAUUAUGUCAGCUAGGACAUGUGUUUAGAAAUAAAAGUGAACUGAAUUCUCUCUAAAA